UCAUUGGAGGGAAAAUCUUUAAAUUGUCAGUACUGCACAAAACUGUUAACAGAAAUGUUAAAAGGUGCAUUAAAGUUAAAUAAGAUAUGGAAGAAAGACACAGAUCAGCUCUUAGAAGAGUGCGUCUUGAAAUUGUUAAAGAUCUUGAUUUGGGAACAAAGCUUUAUGCUGAACUGAUACGAGCAAAAAUCUUUAAAGAAGAUCAGAUUGAACAAAUAAAGGCACAAUCUACAACUUGUGAUCAAGUAAACAAACUGUUGGACUUUCUACCAAAAAGAGGACCACAGGCUUUUGAUAAGUUUUUAAAUCUUGUCAAAAAGGAUUAUAACUGGCUUGCAGAUGAGCUAGAAAAUGAGCUUGAAAAAGUCUCACCUGGAAACCAAAUCAAACAACUCCCUUCAAACAGUCAUGAGAACUUGAGUGAGCAUGAGCAGACACAAGAGAUGACUAACACUUACCUCACCACUGCUGCUGCUUUCAAUGGAACUCACACAGAUACAAACAAAAAGUUGAUGAAUAGAGGUGCAAGUCCUAUUCAAAUAAUUGAACCUAUAAGAGAAAUUAUAAAAAAUAGGAGGCAUAAUGCAACUCAAACUGAAGAAGGACUAUUUGCUAAUGCAGACGACAAGGCCAUAAAUGAGGGUGACUUAUCAAAAACUAAAAGUCAUCCUGCAGAAUCCACAAAUAUUGAAUCUUUGGAUAAUGAUGAUGUAAAUCAUACAAACACUGCUCUACCAUGGAAUAAACAGGUUCAAAUGGAGGCCAUGAAGCAAUUGUAUACAAAAGUUAUUGGCAUAACAUCCCAAAAUACAGAAACUGUAGAAAGCAAAGAAGUUACAUGGGAGCAUAUGAACUGUGAAAUUGACAAAUUGGCAGAAAUGUUGAGAAAUUCUGAUGAUUCAAAAAUGCUUAAUAUGUGCUAUGAAAUACUUCCCAACGAAACUUCAAGACAACCACUGAAUCAAACUAUGAAAAGCUUGCUACAAGACAAAGAAAAUCUUCAUAAAGAGGUAAAAAAACUAGAGAAGAUUUGUGAAAAAUUAGAGAAAGAGAAUGAGAAGUAUAUAGAUGAUGUGUAUAAAAAAUCUAACGAACUUAAAAAAGUCCAAAAUGAACAUGAUAAAGCACUAAAAAAAAUUAAAGAAAAUUGCGAAACAUUAUUAGAUGCUAAGGAUAAGACAUGUAUGGAACAGAUAGAAGAAAAAAACAAGACAUGUCUGGAACAGAUAGAAGAAAAAAACAAGAAAAUUGAGGAUCUGGAAAAGAAAGUGGAGGAACUCUCAGCACAAAAGCCUAGUCAGAAUCCCUUAAAAGUUGAUUCUACCAGACAACUUGGAAGAACAAGGGCUCAAAGAUCUUAUUCAGUUUCUUCACAGUCAUAUACCACAAAUAAAACAUUUUCCAGGCAAAAAGAUGGUCACAGCAAGGUUCUAAAAGUUAUGAAAAAAAUAUAGUUUGUAGACAUAAAUAUCAAACAGUGAUUUUACAAUCAACAGAGGCUUAAAUCAUUAUUAUACAUUUCUGAAACUAGAGGGUCAUGAUGAUCUAUUUCAUGGUUCAUACAGGACUUAAGCAAACAAAUUCAAGGAUUUUUAAGAACCUUUUAUCAAUAUUUAAGGACUAUUUUAGUCGCUUGUGGCUUAAAUCUUUAUGACCAUUCAGGCUCUUCAUGAUGGAACAAAAGUUAUAAAUCAGUUUUAUUUCUGAAAAACUACCUUUAUGAUUUACAUAGAAAAAGUUCCAGUCACUUUAAAUGUCAAUAAUAGAUUUAUCUGCCUACAUACAAACAAAACAGUUACAAGUCACUUUAGAGCACUUUUUCUCAUUGUUUCUAUGUCUAUAAGUUUAUCGCAGAACGUACAUAAACACUUAUGCUUGUCAGACUUAAACUCCUUAAGCCACAGUGAAUAUUUAUCCUCUGGAAGUCAUUUAGUAGUAGCAAAACACACUUAUUUUCAGGACCACUCAUCUUGACCUUGCUUUGUUGUGCAUGAUCACACUAGAAAUUAUUCAUGUUGUGAGAAUUGUAAUUCAUACCUUAAACCCGUAUUUAUCCAUACCAAAAUCGCGUUUAACUUGUGUUCACAAUCAGAGUGGGUGGGAUGCACGUACAUUUUCUUAUUGUUUUUUUUUUUUCACUUUUUUUGAUGUCAUUGUUAUUACACCCUCCAUUUUUUUCAAAAUCCAAGGACUUUUCCAGCUUUUUUUGAAAAUUCAAGGACUUUUCCAAGGGAUUUUUUACAAGCAAUAUUCAAGGACUUUCAAGGACCUGUGCAAACCAUUCUUUAAAUUUCUUGUAAUACUUUUUUUAUUUUUAUUUUUUUAUUUAUUCUUUGUUUAUAAAUAUUUAUUUAAGCUUGAUAGCGAAACAAGUUCUUGUAACUUAUGUUAAUCAUUUUCGAGUUCGCUUCCUGGAUCUAACCAGAACUGGUGUCAUAUGAAGAAACAUGGUCAUGACCUAUAGCUUGAACCCAUGAUCCCUGGGUUGAGUGGCAAACACUUUAACUACUAGGCCACAACUCCCCUAUUAAUUACUUACAUGUAUACAGUUUUGAGACUAGAAAAUUCUUGAUAUCAUUUGCUUAUUGUUUUAUAAAAUUUCUUUUUGACUCAAUAUACAUUGUUGAACUAUUUUCAGUAUCUGAAUUUUGCUUGUUGGUUAAUGUUCUUUGUUUUUUAUAAAUUUUAUUAAUAUGAUAUUCUUUGAUGAAAUGAGCCGUGUCACGACAAAACCAACAUAGUGCGUUUGCGACCAGCAUUCGCGCAGUCUGAUCAGGAUCCAUGCUGUUCACUUACCAACUCUAUAAC